AAUAGGAUGCGGCUUCUGAUUUCAUCACAAAGCGCAAAAUGUUUUUAUUUUUAUCGUGCAUAAAUCCAAAUCCAGGUUCCUGAAUGUUCUAAUUAUUGACUAAUUUAAUAGCGGAUUGGAGCUGAAAAUCGUGAACUACAAAUUUCGAAAGAAUAACCAGAUUAAAGUUUCCAGUGCAGUUUCAAAUUCAAUAUUUCGUCCGUCAUCCGUCAAAGGCCGAUUUCAAAAGGGUUUGAGAGAUACGACAGAAGAUCCGGUGAACCAAUAAUUUGACGCGACAUAUUAAGAGUGAUGGAGUGGGGGACGCUUCUUUGGUUUAGUGUUGUCCCUUGUGUGGUUUGGGCUCUUGUUAUCCGAAUAAUUCGGGCAGCAUUGCGGGAGCAUUGGGGAGUGGCGAAAGUGAACGACGAUGUCGACAUGAGGGGAAGAAUCGCUGUAGUCACUGGAGCUGGGUCUGGAAUAGGCUCAGAAACAGUUAUCGGGUUAGCAAACAGGGGGGCGACGGUGGUUGUGACUGGCAGGACAUUGAAGGCUGCAAAGAAAGCUAUAAUUCGACUUCGACAUCGUACGUUUCUUGGAGAUUUGGUACCUAUGAAAUUGGAACUUUCAUCGCUGGAGUCUGUUACCCAAUUUUGCGACGCCAUGAAAAUCCGUUUUGAACGCUUAGACAUUUUAGUUAACAAUGCAGGUGUUCUUAUGCCUGUGAAUAAAAGAAUGAAAUCGGUUGAAGGCUUCGAAAUUCAUUUCGCUGUCAAUCAUUUGGGACAUUUUCUUUUAACAAACUUGUUAAUGCCACUGCUAAAGAAAACGGAGAGCAGGAUAAUUGUGAUAACUUCGCUCAAUCACCGAGGAUCUAUUAACUUUGAAGACUUGAAUUAUGAAAAAACAAAGAUUACUGAUUUUUCAAUGGCUGGGAACGUAUUAUAUAAACAGUCAAAGUUGGCAAAUAUACUCUUUGUUCAAGAAUUGAGACGGCGACUUGCAAGUUCAGGGUGUUCGAAUGUGAAGGCACUAGCUUGUUGUCCAGGAGUAGUGAAAACUAAAAUUUCACGGAACUUGGAUCUCCCAUGGUUUGCAGAUUUUGUUCGACCAUUUGUCGACUUUCUAUUUAAAACACCUGCUCAGGGUGCUCAAACUCCACUACUUUGCUGUCUUUCCAAUGAUAUGCUGGAUGCUAAUUGCAUUUUGUACAGGCAUUGUAAGCCUUGGUGUCCAGGAGAUCGUUCUUUUCCAGAUGACUAUUUGAUUUCAAAUGUAUCCACUUACAAUUACUCAAAAGAGGAUGCUCAGAAGUUAUGGACUGACAGUGAAAGAUUUGUUGGACAUACAUUUGAUUGAGAUGAAACUUAUACCACUUAACAGCGUGCAUUUGUAUGUACUGAUAUUUUUUAGAGUUGUACCAAUAAAUUUGUUUUAUGCUUAAAAAUAA